AUGAAGAAGAAAUCGCGAUCAUCAAUUCGAGCCCUGCUCACAUGGAAACGCGCUGCGAAAGACAUUCCAGAAGAUAGGGCGCACUUCUGCGGCGGUUCGAUAAUCGGCAAACGGUGGAUUGUUACGGCGGCGCACUGUAUCACGGACACGUCGCUUUUCAAUUUCAACUUCCAGAAAUUCCGCAACAACAAAGCGGCUUAUUUGAGGAAUUAUGUGGAGAAAAUUUUUGUGCGUGUUGGAACACAUCUCGGGUAUGGCCAGCAGAAUCCGUAUUCGUCCGUUUUUGAUGGAACGAAAAAUGUGAAUAUCUCGGACGUGGUGGUCAAGGCCGAAUUCUGCGGCUGGAAGAGCUCCGGAAACAUAAAGCGCUGUAUGGAACGAUCGCGAGCUGACGAUAUUGCGCCUGGGCUCGGCGACCUGUGCUGGACGGAAAAGGGAAUGGUUUGCGCGGGCAUGGGCGCUCAGGAUACCUGUAGUGGCGAUUCUGGCGGCCCACUGAGCUGCUCUGCUUUUAUUUCCGAAAAUUCAACUACACGCACUUGGUUCCUCCGCGGAGUCACCAGCUUUGGCGACGCGCAUUGUGGCUCGGGAAAUCCAGUUAAGCUGCCUAUGCUGAUGUUGACGAGUACACCGAAUGGAUUACCGAGCAGAUUUACAGAGUGGAAAAUGAAAAAAUGGAAUCAGAUCCGAAUUACUGAAGAAUCUUUUUAUGUCCUCUGA